AUGCAGCGAGAGAUCAAUGACUUGAAAAUGAGAUUGCGCCAUGCACAGCAAAGGCAAUCCCCUACCAGUUCCGACAUAUCCUUUAAUAAAGAAGAGGACGUCAGUUACAGGCGGAGAUCAAGAACUCCCCCAAGUGAAACCUUCUCUUAUGAAGAAGAGCAGCGUCAUGGACGGAGACAUAAGAGCCCAUCUGGUAAGGGCUCGGGUAAUGAUGCCAUGAAUAAAGUUCUGGAUCAGAUCUCUAAGUCACCCUUCACGCAUAAGAUAGAAGGGGCUAGACUACUCCGGGGUUUCCACCAACCUACGUUCACCAUUUAUAACGGCCGAACAGACCCUAUGGAGCAUGUGAGCCAGUUCAACCAAAGAAUGGCCAUCCAUUCUCGAAACAAGGUUUUGAUGUGCAAAGUUUUCCCGUCUAGUCUAGGACCCGUGGCGAUGAGGUGGUUCAACAGCUUAAAAACGAACUCCAUAGAUUCCUACAAGCAACUCACCCAAGCCUUUGGCUCUCGUUUCAUUAUGAACAGCAGGGUUCCUCGACCUCUGAGUUCAUUAUUGUCAUUGUCCAUGCGUGAAAGGGAAACUUUAAAAGCGUACUUGGACAGAUAUUGGGAAAUGUACAACAAGAUGGAUGGUAACUAUGACAAUGUCGCCAUCAACACGUUUAAAAGCGGUCUCCCCACUGAACAUUGUUUAAGGAAAUCCCUAAUUGGUAAACCUGUUACCAGCGUUCGUCAACUUAUGGAUCGGAUUAACAAAUACAAAAGGGUAGAAGAGGACCAAUUACAAGGGAAAGAAAAGGAGAAGAUCAUCCUUCAUAAGAGGAAUGAUUUUAGGUCGGAACGAUACAACAAUAACCAUCCGAGAAGAGAUUUUGCGGGACAAUCUGGAUCAACCAACACGCAAGCGGUUAACGCCGUAUUCAGAGAACCGGUACAACAGGUUUUGGAGAAAGUCAAGAAUGAGCCAUUCUUCAAGUGGUCGAAUAAAAUGGCUGGAGACUCCUUAAAACGCAAUCAGAGUCUGUAUUGUCAGUACCACCAAGACCACGGACAUACCAUCGAAGACUGCAGGAACCUAUGA